AUGAGCAUGGAAGAGAGUGAAGAGUUGGAUUCCUUGGUGCAAUAUAGACGGCCGAGCAUGAUCACGAAGCUCGAAAUAAAGCCGUCCAAACCUACUGUUAAAAUCAUUAAUACAAACACUGAAGAGGAAUGCAAGUGUAUGAAAAUUAUUGGGCACUUGGAGAGUGUGAAAUGGAUGGUUCAUCCCCGAAAGUAUCGGCCCAGCCCCGGUCUGCUCGGUCUCGGUGACUGGACUACAAACCCCUUUAUUUGGUUAUAUCACGUGGAACGAUCAGACGGUAUUUUGGCUGAUGAUGACGUACUGCUGGCUAAAGCGCCUGAAUACCAGGAGAUCAAUGAUGUAUCGCGUUACUUCACGGGCGACCAGCACUGCGGGAAGGUGUUGUUCACCUACCAGUACCCCAACCUCAAGAUGCCCACGCCUCUCGGGAAGUACUUGUACAGAGCUAACAUAGCUCUCAAAGACCAGUCUAAUCUCUACAGGAAAGAACUGCAGAAUUCCAUAGAACUCACUUUGAAGAAAAUGGUAUUGGAACGUGCUCAAAUGGAUCGACUAAUAGUUCCCGAUGGCAUCAUCAAGCUUGAUAAACUAGAUUAUUUCAGAAGAGAAGCAUUUUUCCGACUCCUGUGCAAUGUAAUAAGCUUUCAGGAUCGCCUUCAAUUAGUGUCUUUUGAGAAUAUGUGCUGCAGUAGGCUCGAGGGUGUUAACCUGAUAAAUCACUUGGCUUGCUUUAAUGCACAUAGUCUAAAAUACUUGUUCUUGUGGAGAUUUGUAUUGCCUAACGAGAACCCUAUCCUCGUCAACUACAAAUACAUCACUGGCAGCGGUCAAUACAUACCCAGACCGAAUAGCAGAUACACUUUCCUUCGAAGUCUCGGAGAGUUACGGAACCUUCGAUAUCUUGCACUGGAGUAUGCUCAUAUCGCCGAUGGAACGGGAGAGGCGCUGCUGUAUUUGUUGCCAGUGAUAAAGAGGCCUCAUUUUCGAUUACAGUUAAUAUGCAGAGAAGACCAGAUACCUGGUCGCACGGAUGGCUCUCUUGGAGUGGGAGGUUACGAUAUACCUGACACCGCCUGGCGACGGGUGGCUAUUGCCUGUCCCGAUAUCUACCUACUUUUUGCAUUCUUUCGUAUCCGUGACUACGAUAACGUGAGGCGUUUUCUAACACCAAGCAUACCCUUACGUGAAGUCCAUUUGCAAUACGGCAUCGACUUGAAAAUGCAGCAGCGACAAGAUUCGGACCUCAGCUGCUUCAUCCGGCAUUUAGCAUACCGCUACGCUAAUACCUUAAUUACGUUGAGCAUUCACCAGUGGAGAUUUGCAAAUUUCCCGUUACACCAUAUCUUACAGUUAAUGCCUAACUUGGUGCGCCUCUUCUAUGUCGGCACAGUUGAAGAUAAAGGUGAUCUCACUAGACUAUUGAAGCUGAUUUCGUAUGGCGUUUGCAAAGAUUUAAAACAGAUCAAAAUUCAAAUACAAGAUGAUGAAAACAGAGCAUCUUAUUGGAAAGAUGCUGUAGAAUCUCUCACGGAACAGUUUGCAGACGUCAUGCAGUUAUUGGAAAUCAAAUUCUGUUUAAGCGUUUAUAAAAGUUAA